AUGCCCGCGCUACUAAGGACGGACGCCGGACGUAUUCUUCUCGCACGAUACCUAAGGACACAGGACACUAAGGAUCUCGACCAAUCUAUAACACACUUCGAAUGCGCAUCUGAUCUGUGCCCCAUGGAUCAUCCCUGCCGCCCUGCAGCACUGUUCAAUCUAGCGGCGGCAAAGUUUGUUAGUUGCCAAGUUGGUGGGACAUACCUCAACCUAGACAUCUCCAUCUCUCUUUUUCAAGACGCCCUUGACUUGCGUCCGACUGGUCAUCCUGACCGACCGCUCACUCAGCUCCAUCUUGCUAUUGCUCUGCUGUCUCGUUGCGCGAAACGGGGAUUUGAAACGGAUGCUGAUGCAGCCGAAGAGUUACUGAGUGAAGUCGUCGAUGUUUGCCACGCUAACAGCCACAUUUACAGAGCAGCUUUACUUGCAAUCGAGACAUUUGCUCUGCAUCUAGCUGGAGGCAUGGAUGGACACGAUCAUGAUCCCCAUGACUUAGAUGAAGUGAUCUCCCUUCAUCACGAUGCACUGCGAUAUUACGACGCUAUGCAUGGUUGCCGAGGGCAGUUGGUAUGCAAUCUGGGCGGAAUGCUGCAAACUCGUUUUGAGCGUCGAUGCAAUAGCCAAGACCUAGACGAGGCCAUCACGCGUCUUCGGGAAGCGCUGGAUUUGUGCCCAGUCGGUCGCGCAAAUCGAUCUAUGUCAUUAAAUAACCUUGCGAAUGUGCUCUCUACUCGCUUCGAGCACCGAGGCAAUGACCAAGACUUGGAUGACGCUAUCAUGCUUCACGGGGAUGCGCUUGCUUUACAUCCAGUCGGUCACCCAUAUCGGUCCUCAUCAUUAAAUAACCUUGCCAAUGCGCUCUCUGCCCGCUUCAAGCACCGAGGGAAUGACCAAGAUUUGGAUGACGCCAUCAUGCUUCACAGGAACGCGCUGGCUUUACGCCCAGUCGGACACCCAGAUCGGUCCAUGUCAUUAAAUAAUUUUGCCACUGUUCUCUCUACCUGCUUCAAGCACCGAGGGAAUGACCAAGACUUGGAUGACGCUGCCAUGCUUCACAGGGACGCGCUGGCUUUACGCCCAUUCGGUCACCCACAUCGAUUCUCGUCAUUAAAUAACCUUGCGAAUGUGCUCUCUACCCGCUUCGGGCACCGAGGCAAUGACCAAGACUUGGAUGACGCUAUCAUGCUUCACAUGGACGUGCUGGCUUCACGCCCAGUCGGUCACCCAGAUCGGUCCUCGUCAUUACAUAACCUUGCGGAUGUGCUCUCUACUCGCUUCGAGCACCGAGGCAAUUACCAAGACUUGGAUGACGCUAUCGUGCUUCACAGGAAUGCAGUAGCUUUACGCCCAGUCGGUCACCCAGAUCGGUCCAUGUCAUUAAAUAACCUUGCGACUGUGCUCUCUACCCGCGUCGAGAACCGAGGCAAUGACCAAGAUUUGGAUGACGCUAUCAUGCUUCACAGGAACGCAUUGGCUUUACGCCCAGUCGGUCACCCAGAUCGGUCCAUGUCAUUAAAUAACCUUGCGACUGUGCUCUCUACCCGCUUCAAGCACCGAGGGAAUGACCAAGACUUGGAUGACGCUAUCAUGCUUCACAGGGACGCGCUGGCUUUACAUCCAGUCGGUCACCCAGAUCGGUCCCCAUCAUUAAAUAACCUUGCAUCUACGCUCUCUACCCGCUUCAAGCACCGAGGCAAUGGAGAAGACCUCCACGAGUCACGAGACAAUCUCCAAUGUGCGUUGACUCUCUUGACGCAACACAGUCCUCGUCAAUUACAGGUCCAUCAGUUACUAGCUACCGUCUAUAUGUUGUUCCAUCAAUCGGGACUUGACGGCACUGGUGAAGACAAUGACAGUCUGGAUUCCGCCAUGCAUCAUCACAAGGCAGCAGCAAAUGUUGUCUCUGGAGGUUUGCUGCCUCGCCUGCGAGCGAACCUAUGCUGGAUUGAGCUUGCUCAUGAACAUUCACAUGGUACUGAAUUGGAGGCUUAUGCGACUUCCAUGCAACUUCUGGACGCUUACAUGUCCGUGACAGCUUCAGUAUCGUCCCGUCACAACGUCAUGAAGCAUUUUCCACGUAUGCUUGCCGUGGAUGCUGCAUCAUGUGCUCUUCGUAGCGGUGAUGUGUGUCGCGCUGUCGAGUUGUUGGAACAAGGCAGGACUGUCAUUUGGACCCAGAUGACACGACUCCGCACGCCUCUUGACGGCCUCCAAGAUCGCGGCGAUCAUGCAGUGGCCCUGAUGAAGAAAUUCAGGUACCUCAGCUCCCUCCUUGAUGCACCUCCUACGAAUCAUCCAGAAGGAACCCCAAGAGUCAAAGUAGAAGCAGAAGGAAGCCGGUACCGACGUCUAGUGGAGGACUGGAAUAGAGCUGUAGAAGAUAUUCGGAAGAUCGAGCAUCAGGAAAAUGUGCGGUGCCUAUGCGAGCCUAUGUAGCCUAUGUAGGCAUAUUAGUCCAGUAGGUAAGUCCCGGAUAUGUAGGAAGGCCCUGUAUAGCAUGGGCCUAUGAUAGGUGCAGUAGGCAUUUUAGUCGUAGGAAUAGGCCUUUGAUAGGCAGAGGAAUU